AGAUAUCGAGCUUAUUUUUCUAGCUGGUACUCCAGCAACUGACUUUGGGCUCUACAUUAGACAAAUUUUCAACAUACCAAAGAGACAUUCAACGUUGUUUGGAAACCGCUAAUUGGAAAACCAGGGUUCACUGUAAGAAAAUUGAGUUAUUAGAACAUAUUAUUAUAUAUUAUUAAAAUUGAUUCUAAAACACAGUACUGUACCUUGACGAACAAGAAGCGUCCUACCGCUCAUUCGGUUCGAUGGAAGAUCGAGUUCCACAAAAGAGCCGUUCAUUUCAGCUGGUCAGAGUCCUGAUCAACGAGGAUUUGAUAUGGCACGAACAAUAGCUGCAGCUGCUGGGGAAAAGCUAGGCUAUUUGUUUAGGGCUACAUCAUUUAUGCUCGAUGCUGUCCAGUGAAGGGCUCUCCGACUGAUCGAUGAAUCUUCUUUAGCGGAUCGUCUCGAGACCCCUUCGUACCAUCGGACCAUUGGCAAUCUACCUCUCCUCUACCGCUGCCUGCCAGACACACCUGCCUGACUUCAGCCUCCCAACCUAAGCGUAUCGUACUUUGCACGUGUAGAACUGGCCGAUACGACUGCUCCUAUGGACAAACCCUAGGGUUUUAACCCAACUGAUGCAUCCAAUUUCAGUGGGUUACAUACGGCUGCGGUCCAAGGACUCACUUGAUGAACCAAGAUAUUUUACGAACUUUUUCAGCGAUCCUGAAAACAUAGAUGUCAGAGCACACAUAGCUGGCAUCAGAGAAGGACAACGAAUUGUGAGUCAACCUACAAUGCAGCGUUAUGGGGCAAGGAUAGUGGACACACCGAUACCAGGUUGCGCUAAUUUCACUUUUGAUACUGACGAGUAUUGGGAAUGUGCAAUCAGAGAGCUCACAGGUAGUUUGUGGCAUCAACAAUCCACUUGCAAGAUGGGCCCAAAAGAGGACAAGACAGCUGUCGUCGAUGCCAAACUGAGGGUACAUGGUUUAAAAGGAUUAAGAGUAAUAGAUACGGGUGUUAUUCCUAGGUCUAUUUCUGCACAUUUGACCGGUCCAGCAUAUAUGAUUGGAGAAAAAGGGGCAGAUAUAAUCAAACAGGAUUGGGGAGAGCUACGAUCAUCAGAUCAGAGUUAGAGUCAGAAUCAUGGAAAUGUAUAAGCAUAACAAAACAAUAAUAACAGUUGAAAUAGCAAGUGAAAAAGCCAUAUUAAUACAAUACAAGCUUCCUUUCAUGUCAAGCUGAUUUCAUUAUAUAAGCUAUCAGGUCGUCCUAGAGAUGUCAUGUAUCGUAAAUAUCACGGAUAGAAAAUGAGUAGCAUCAUUUU